CCCCCAAAAUAGUCAGCAUUAUUGUCCCGGUUUGUUCGGGCGACUUGAAAGUGCUUUUGCUGUGGUGCCAUUUUUGAUUGUGUUGGUGUUUUCGGUUAUUAUAUUAUAUUGCUGGGUGUUGCCAGCGAAGGCCUUUAUGAGAUUGCAAUUAACGUUUCUAAUCGAUUCGAACUAGUUUUUGCCCAAUAGACCAAUAAUAUAUAGGCGUCUCCAGACCACACAAUACAAUCGACCAAAUCGAGUCAAAAUGAAAGUGCUUGAAAGCUUACUCUUGAUCAGCUGUGUGCUAGGUGGAUUAGUCGAGGCCCAGGAUUAUCAAGACUAUCAGGAGAAUACACCACGGCCUGCUCCCGUGCGUCUGCGUGCACAUGCCGCCCCCGCGGCCCAGUCCGAGGUGCAAAGGGCCACACCAGUGCCAAUUUUAAAACAGAUCAACAAGCACAACGAAGACGGCUCUUAUACUUAUGGCUAUGAGGGAGCCGAUGGUUCAUUCAAAAUCGAAACCAAACUUGCCACCGGGGAGGUCAAGGGCAAAUAUGGCUAUGUGGAUGAGACCGGCAAGGUGCGUGUUGUGGAGUAUGGAGCCAAUAAAUAUGGAUUCCAACCUUCGGGUGAGGGUAUCACAGUGGCGCCGCCCACCCUAGUUGAUGAAACAGCCAAAGAGGAACCCGAAUAUGAAGAUGAGCCUGCCCCACAGCGUCCACAACGUCCAUAUCGUGUACAGCGCCCACAGCCUCGUCCACAACCACAGGCGCCACGUCCACAGCCACAACCACAACCGCAACCACAAUAUGUGCAGUAUGAAGAAGAGGAAGUUGAGCCUCAGCCACCACGUCGCAUCCAGUAUGCCCCACAGCCGCAGCAGCUGCAGUCUCACCAACAACCUUCAGUGGGACCAGCGCCACCACGUCUCCAAGUUCCAGGAGCUCAGCGAACAACGGAUGUGCUCUAUUCGCCGCUGCAGCGUCCGGCACGCCCCGAGCCUGACUAUUCCCAAUCCCAGAGCUUUGGGGAUGGCCCAUCCAAUGUGCGCAUAUCUCGUCCAGUCUAUGCAUUGCCACCAGCAUCACCGGCUCCCAGUAGUGCUCGUGCCCAGGGCUUUUUAGCGCCGGCAUCUGGUGGGCGACCCCUUCUUGAGCCAGUGCAUUUUGGACCCACUCAGGCGCCAGUUGCACGGCCAGUCCAACAGGCUCAACCCAGCUAUCAGCCACAGCCGCAAUCACGCAGUGGUGGUAGUGGCAGUUUGCUGGAUCAGCUAGCUCGUGACUACGCCCUGCCUCAAGGCGGUGCCCAGCCACUACACGAUAUUUCCUUUGGUUACUACUAAGAUGUCUCUGGCCAUCUUGUUUUGCCAGCCAACUUCAGAUAGAUUCACUUGCCCUUAGGUCCUAGCCAUUCCUACACUCAUUUUGUUUAUCCCUGAUAAUGAAAGUUUUAAUUAAACCAACGAA